CCGUCCCGCCUUCCUCCUCCUCCUCCUCCUCCUCCUCCUCCUCUUAACUUGGGAGCGCCCCGGCAGCGCGGGGCGGUGCGCUUCGCCCUCCGCCGGCGGCGGCGGCGGGAUGGCCUCGGCCGUGUUUGAGGGCACCUCGCUGGUGAACAUGUACGUGCGGGGCUGCUGGGUGAACGGCAUCCGGCGGCUCAUCAUCAGCCGGCGGGGCGACGAGGAGGAGUUUUACGAGAUCCGCACGGAGUGGUCGGACCGCAACGUCCUCUACCUGCACCGCAGCUACUCCGACCUGGGCCGCCUCUUCAAGCGCCUCCUGGACUCCUUCCCCGAGGACCGGCCCGAGCUGUCCCGGUCCCCCUUGCUCCAAGGACUGAUCACAAUAAAAGAAGCCCAUGAUAUAGAAGCUAGACUUAAUGAAGUGGAAAAGCUUCUGAAGACCAUUAUAAACAUGCCAUGGAAGUAUUCAAGAUCUGAAGUUGUCCUCACGUUCUUUGAGAGAUCUCCAUUGGAUCAAGUUCUAAAGAAUGACAAUGUCCAUAAAAUUCAGCCAAGCUUUCAAAGUCCGGUUAAAAUAUCAGAAAUCAUGCGAUCAAAUGGAUUUUGUUUAGCAAACACUGAAACAAUAGUCAUUGACCACAGUAUACCCAAUGGAAAAGAAAAGCACCUGGAUGUAGAUUCAGCAGAACACUUGUUUGAAAGUGUUAGUGACUUCACCUCAGAGCUAGAAGACAGUGAUGAUCCAACAGCCUAUGUCACCAAUUUGACAUAUUACCACCUGGUCCCAUUUGAAACUGAUAUUCUGGACUGAGGCUGCCCAGUGACCCUGUCCACUAGCAUCCAGCUAACCUCUUUGUCCAUAGCCUCUGCUGUCUCCAGCGUUGCAUCUCCGUGAAUAAGGCUGUACAGGCAAGACCAAGAGCAGAGAAGUUGCAGCAAGGAUGCCACAAAGGUGACUUUGUGGUCUGGCCCUUCACUGUGUUUUAAGGAGACAUCGUGUUAGGAGGCAACUGCUUCACUGCUGACAACAAACUCCCUUUCUAUGAAAGCAAGGCAGCAGUGGCCUCUGGGGCUCAAGGAAAUCUGUACAACGUCCAUGGCAACUGUCACACAGACACAGCCAUCAAAACUUGUGCUGCUGUUUGCUGUCACCCAUGUUCCCUGACUUGCAGUGCAAGUUGAGGCUUUCUCUUUUAGGAUGCCACCAGAAACUUCCCAGGAUGUAGUGACCACACUUUUUAUGCUGUGCAAGUGAGAAGAUGGAACAAAACAGCUGAAUUUUGUCAGUUCCCUCUGCAGUUUCUUAAUGCAGGUCUGGCAGGUCACUUUUUACUCAGCUACCAGAUGACUGGUGCCUUACAUGAGAUGUCAGAAAUACCAUUGAGUGCCUCCAGGAAACAGAAGACUUGAACUGACUGCUUUACUUCUUUUAGACAUGGGCUCUUAUAUAAUCACUGGAGAGGUGACUACCUUUUCCUGAAAUAGUAAAGCAGACAGCAGCUGGCAUUGCAAUGGACUUUGCAUAGUGUUUGGUACCCAAAUGAUUUCAGAGUUCUGGAAAGCUGAUGGGAAAGCUGAGUUGCCCUGCUAUGAACGGUGCAGGCUAUGACAGGUGUUUGGAUAUUGUCACAUGAACCAGAAAAUGAGAAUGAUGCUUACAGUUGUUUACAACAGAGAGAUAAUUCCCUAUGUCUAUUACUCCCCAGAGGAUGGGGAGGAAGCCAAUGAGAUUUAUUAUGUGUUUGGACUGAAAAUUAAUGAUAAGCUACAGAGUGUCUACAGUGGUAGGAUAAACACUCUCUCCUUUGCCAACCUGGCUGAAGGAGCGUGUCUAGCCUUCUGAGAAAUGCCUGUUGGGCUCAAUGCAGGCUUCAUGGUCAUGUAAUUCCAUUGAUUUCAGUGGAGUUAAGCCAGCGGGAGCAAGAGCAGAACUGGACCCUGCAGUCUCUUUACUACUGAGUAGUGCAACGUUAACAUCUCUUCUGGAGGUCUCUCUUGCUGAGUGCUCUGAACUCCCAGCUCUAAUUGCAGAUGCUCAACACUCAAACAUCAUGACCUUUCGUUGAGCUUUUUGUGAUCUAAUGCAAAAAUGAAUUUGAAGGGGUUGAAAUGAGAAGGGAUUUUGGACUUAUUUCUUUGUACCGGGGCUUUGCUUGGGCCUGAAGAAGUUGGUAAAGCUCCCUUCCUUCUGCGGACUUUUCAUUCCUAUCUGUAGAAUAACAAACAGGAUUUGCUAAUGUAAAUAAUAAAUUAUUGAGAAUCCUAAUUCUUUUACACAGUAUGUUUUUAAAAUAUAUUUUAAUGAAAUAAAAUAUUACUCACCUUCGGUA